CGGCUGCAACCCUGAGGGCCCUCAACGGUGCGAUCUGGCUGGUUCAGCCACCACGGCUGGAGAAAUCCUCGGCCUAGGAUUCUGCUGUGCAAUCAGAUUCCAGCCUCCCUCGCCCAUCUGGUUCCGAGUGUGAGAUGGAGCAGAUGUGGCCCUGGAGGGGAUUUUGUCGUCUGUCUGUGACCUAAGAAAGGCCUGGUGUGUCAUGAGUUCCUUCUUCCCCAGUCCUGCCGUUCUCCCAAACGAGGCUCCUGAGGAGGAGGGAAGUCGGUGCACCUCUGAAAGCCCAGGUCAGCCCCAGACUGUGCUUCUCCAGUGGAGGACGCCUAGAGAGGACUGACAAGCUCUUGCAGUUCUAAAACCAUGGCCCAUACGUCCUUGGCAUUCAGGGACGUGGCCAUAGACCUCUCCCAGGAGGAGUGGGCGUGCCUGGACCCUGACCAGAGGGCCUUGUACAGGGAUGUGAUGUUGGAGAACUACAGCAAUUUGGUCUCAUUGGGAUGUUCCUUUCCUAAGCCAGAUGUGAUCACUUUAUUGGAGCAAGAGAAAGAGCCCUGGGUGGCAACGAGGGAAGGGACAAGGAGCUGGUACACAGAUUUGGAGUUUAACCAUGUCACCAAGAAGUUAUUUCCGGAAAAGGAUAUUUGUGAAAUACAUUUCUCUCAGUUGCAGACGGCGCAAAAGAGUAAAACCUUCAUCAUUGAGGACACCGUUUUCAGAAAUGAUUCGCAAUGUAAACAUGAAUUCGAGAGACAAGAAGGACAUCAGAUGGGGUGUGUUAGUCAAAUGAUAAUACAAGAACAUGUAUCUCUUCCUCUACAUCAGAAAAUUCAUGCUAAAGAGAAACCAUAUGAAUGUAAAGAAUGUAGGAAGGCUUUUACACAACAGUCCUACCUUAUUCAACAUAAAAGAAUUCACACUGGUGAGAGACCCUAUAAAUGUAAGGAAUGUGGGAAGGCCUUUUGUCGUGUGGGAGAUCUUAGAGUACAUCAGACAAUUCACGCCGGGGAGAGACCCUACGAAUGUAAUGAUUGUGGGAAGACCUUUAGACUUCAUUAUCACCUCACCGAACAUCAGAGAAUACAUUCUAGUAUGAAACCCUAUGAGUGUAAGGAAUGCGGGAAGGCCUUUAGUCGUGUCAGAGACCUUAGAGUACAUCAGACAAUUCACGCUGGGGAGAGACCCUUUGAAUGUAAAGAAUGUGGUAAGGCCUUUAGACUUCAUUAUCAGCUUACUGAACAUCAAAGAAUUCAUACUGGUGAGAGGCCUUACGAUUGUAAAAUCUGUGGCAAGACCUUUAGGGUGCAACGACAUAUUAGUCAGCACCAGAAGAUUCAUACUGGUGUAAAACCCUAUAAAUGCAAUGAAUGUGGGAAAGCCUUUAGUCAUGGUUCAUAUCUUGUUCAACAUCAAAAAAUUCAUACUGGUGAGAAACCUUAUGCGUGUAAAGAAUGUGGUAAGUCCUUUAGUUUCCAUGCAGAACUUACUCGACAUCAUAGAAUUCACACUGGUGAGAAACCUUAUGCAUGUAAAGACUGUGGGAAGGCCUUUCGUCUUCAAACAGAACUUACUCGGCAUCAGAGAAUUCAUACUGGUGAGAAACCCUACAAAUGUAAGGAGUGUGGAAAGGCCUUUAUUUGUGGCUAUCAACUUACUUUACAUCUGAGAACUCACACCGGUGAGAUUCCUUAUGAAUGUAAGGAAUGUGGGAAAUCCUUCAGUAGUCGCUAUCACCUUACUCAACACUACAGAAUUCACACUGGUGAGAAACCCUAUGAAUGUAAAGAAUGUGGGAAAUCCUUCCGUCUUCAAUCAGAACUUACCCGACAUCACAGAAUUCAUACUUGUGAGAAACCCUACAAAUGUGAGGAAUGUGGGAAGGCUUUUGUUCGUAGCAGUCAACUUAUUUCACACCAACGAAUUCACACCAGCGAGACUCUCUGUGAAUGUAAGGAAUGUGGGAAGAUUUUUAGUCGUCACUAUAAUCUUACUCAACAUUACAAAAUUCAUACUGGUGAAAAACCCUAUAAAUGUAAAGAAUGUGGGAAGGCCUUUCGCUUUCAAACAGAACUUACUCAGCAUCACAGAAUCCAUACUGGCGAAAAACCCUAUAAAUGUCAGGAAUGUGGGAAGGCCUUUGUUCGUAGCAAUCAUCUGACUCAACAUCACAGAAUUCAUACCGGUGAGAAACCCUAUAAAUGUAAGGAAUGUGGGAAGACUUUUAGUCGUCACUAUCACCUUACUCAACAUCACAGAAUCCAUACUGGCGAGAAGCCCUACAUAUGUAAUGAAUGUGGGAAUGCUUUUAUCUGUAGUUAUCAACUUACCUUACAUCAAAGAAUCCACACUGGUGAGAUUCCAUAUGAAUGUAAGGAAUGCGGGAAGACCUUUAGUCGUCGGUAUCAUCUUACUCAACAUUUCAGACUUCACACUGGUGAGAAACCUUACGGAUGUAAAGAAUGUGGGAAGGCCUUUCGUCUUCAAGCAGAACUUACUCGACAUCACACAAUUCAUACUGGUGAGAAACCCUAUAAAUGUAAAGAAUGUGGGAAGUCCUUCAGUGUUACUUCAGAACUUACUCGACAUUAUAGAAUUCAUACCGGUGAGAAACCCUACAAAUGUAAAGAAUGUGGGAAAGCCUUUAUUCGUAGUGAUCAACUUACUCUACAUCAGAGAAAUCAUAUUAGUGAGGAAACCCUAUGUAAGGAAGAUACAAUGGCCUUUAGAAAAUGCCUUUUUAACAGCAGAAAACUCAUAAUUUAGGAAAAUUUUACUUGUUAGACAAUAUGUGGGAAUCCCUCUUGUUUCCUGCUUAAAAUUUAACAGUUUUUUGUUUUGUU